CACCACCUAUACAGAAAUAUAUUUUAGAAAUGGCUGAAAAAAUUACCUUUUGACAUUUAUUUAUUUAUUUGAUUAACCUAUUUUGCUGUUUUAUGUUGUUGAAGGUCCAAAAGUGAGUAUGUCUCAUAGGGAAGCAUUUCCUACGUUUUACUGUAUUUUUAUUGACAGGUGACAUUUGGGUUAAGUCAAAAAAUGUUGACGGCCUAUUUAUACAACCAGUUUCCUUUUCAUGUUAAACCCCAGCGUUAUACGAAGUUGUUGGGGUACGUCUGAGUGCCAGUUAUAUAAAUGCAAUUAAUGAAUCAUCCAUGGUUCUUUUAGCUACAGUAGGUAAGCAAGGAUAUUGAUUUACACCCCAAUUGUGCUGUUGAGGGAAUGAGUUCAAAUUACCACACCUCUCCACUCCAUUGACGACUUGUAGGUAGGUAGGUAGGUUCUGUACGAUGACUCUUAUGGUCACUAAAACUUGUAUUCAAACAUGCCUAGAUCAGUUGUUGAUGUAAUGGACUUUUUAAGGACACUUACAGACUGUACACACUCAUUCCCAUGCAUCACCCAGCUGUAUAUUCAAUGACAACAUUGUCUCAUCCUAACAUCAGUUAUGUCUGCUGCUGUUGUGAAACAGAUACACCAUCGAUGUGACAUCAGUCCACCUCUUUUUACAUUUGUGAGUUUGACACAUCACCAUAAUCACUGAAAUAAAAGUGGCUAUGCAAGCUUUGUCUAAAUAUGACAGACUAGGUACAUUUCAGUUUAUUUUAUAGAAAUAUCCAUUUUAAAAUGUUGACCUGAAUAACAUGUAAGUGUAAUUUUUUGAGGUAGGCAACCCAUGGCGUAGCCAAGUAAAUAUACACCUUUGUUUGCUGAAAUCCAUACUUUUUUAAUAAAACGUCAAUCAAAUAUAACCACUGACUGUUUCCUCAUUGCUGUUGCUCUAAGAUGACAACUCGAAUGUCAAUGUGCCAAUUGAAUAUCAAUGAGGAAACAGUCGGUGUUUGUUUUUGAUGAACAUUUUAUUUAAAAAAUAUAUGAUUUUAGUUAACAAAGAAAAAGGCACGCAACAACAGGACAAACUUAGCUACAUGGUAAGAGUUUAAGAAUGUACAUUUUUGAAGUAUCGACUGCAUAGUGAGUCAAAGGUACAUGUAUUUCAAAUAGUCUGCGCUCAACUCUAUGGAGGCCACCCAUGAAGACACGAUAUUAUUGGAAUAUCAUUAUUUGGGAUAUUAUCAAACCUAAUCUGAUUUAAAUUCAGACACAUGGGUGGGUUUGUUUUGUUUUAGGCUUGGAUGUAUCUGGAAAUGAAACUACGGCUCCAUUAAAUUCCUAGCCCUGAGUAUCAGCUUUAUAGCAACGUUGACAAUUAAAGGUCAUGUUCCCGUGGUCGCGGAGACAACAUGCACGGUAAACACGGAUCUCCUGCGAUACGGAAUGAAUCCACUCCUUAGUCAUGGGUCCUACGUGAACUCGUGCAAAUAGGAAGAUGGAUGAGGUCAUAUGACGUCAAGGUACACCCUGCAACGCCGUCAUCGGAUGACAAAAUAAAUAGCACUAUAUCUGAUCAAGCCUGUAGUCUUAAAUUAUUCACAUAUAUUCACUGCUGCGCACCAACGUGCAGGUACAUUUUUCUAGAAAUUGCGCUAUGAUUUGGACGAUACUUUUGCUUGUCCAGGGCAUGCUUCUCUUAUUCGUACUUGUUUCGAAACGCUCCAGGUCAGAGAAAGAGCCACCUUUAGACAAAGGAGUUAUUCCAUGGUUAGGCCACGCCCUUGAGUUUGGAAGAGAUGCUGCCAAGUUUCUAAACCGUAUGAAGGUGAAGCAUGGCGAUAUCUUCACGGUGCGUGUGGCUGGGCGCUAUGUGACAGUGCUACUGGACCCCAGCUCUUAUGAUGCUGUGAUAGAGGACUCUGUGUCCCUAGACUUCACACGCUACGCACAGGUUCUCAUGGACAGAAUAUUCAGCCUGCAGCUCCCCCAUCACAACCCUGCUGUAGAGAAGGCCCUAACAAAACAGCACUUUGAGGGCGGGAGCCUAUCCUGCCUGAGCAGCACCAUGCACCGCCACCUUCAGUCCCUGCUGCUGCAAGCCCAGAGGCCCUGUCACAACCAGACCGACUGGAACACGGACGGGCUCUUCAGCUUCUGUUACAGUCUUCUCUUCAGGGCAGGGUACCUCACACUUUUUGGAGGGGAGCAGAACAACAACAGAACAGACCCCACUGACGUCUAUGAGGAGUACCGGAAGUUUGACAAACUCCUGACCAAAAUGGCCAGGACCACACUGAAACCAGAGGAGAAGCGGACCGCCCAGAGUGUGAGGGGGCGUCUGUGGGAGUUGUUGGCCCCGGCGGGGCUGGGAGAGGGCUCCGGGUCCAGCCCCUGGCUGAGAGACUACAGGCACCUUCUGCAGGAACAGGGAGCGGACGAGGAAACUCAGAGGAGAGCCCUGCUGCUGCAGCUGUGGGCCACACAGGGUAACGUUGGACCUGCUGCAUUCUGGCUGUUAGGUUUCCUGUUGACAAACCCUGAGGCCAUGAGGGCGGUGAGAAGAGAGUUCAGCAGCAUCUCCGAGCAGGACUCUGCAAAGUGUCCCCUACUGGACAGGCUGCAGCACACACCUGUGUUUGACAGUGCCUUAGAGGAGACUCUGAGGCUCAGUGCUGCCCCGUUCAUCACCAGAGAGGUAGUGCAGGAAAAGACCCUGCAAAUGGCCAAUGGGCAGGAGUACCAGCUCAGGAGGGGGGACAGAGUGUGUCUGUUCCCCUUCAUUAGCCCUCAGAUGGAUCCUGAGAUCCACCAGGAACCACAGAGAUUCAAGUAUGAACGCUUCCUCAACAAGGACGGAUCUGUGAAGAAGGACUUCUUUAAAGGAGGGAGACGGCUCAAGUACUACACCAUGCCAUGGGGCGCAGGCACCAACGGCUGUGUGGGCAAACGCUUUGCCAUCAACUCCAUCAGACAGUUUGUGUAUCUGGUCCUGUCUCAUCUGGAACUGGAGCGGUGUGACUCAGAGGCUCAGAUGCCAGAGGUGAACUCCAGUCGCUAUGGGUUUGGAUUGUUGCAGCCUGAAGGAGACUUGGCCAUCAGAUAUAAACCUAGACAUUCACAUUGAAGACAUGACGUUGAGAUCUCUCAAACGAGACGUGAAGUCUGGUUUGUGAAGUUUAGGCUAAUUUCAAAAAAUGUAUGACAAUAUGUCCAUAUAAUGUAUUGUAUCUAUUUUUGUAUCAGCACAAAUGUACAGUGUAAUGUGUUAUUUAUCUUUAAUUAUAAUGUAUAUAUUUCACUUUAAAAUUGUCACUUCAUAACAAUACAAUUGUUUUUUGUUCUAGA